AUGGCGUUCGUGCGCUGAAGGCGAGAUCCCUACGGCGUUAUCUUUCUGAUUUUAACUUAUUUAAAUGUGCUUUACGCUGACUACGUUGUCAUACAAUGUGUCCUCAUCCCUGCGUACUCGGAUAGUGUGUGGUGUACUCAACAUGGGUCAGUAUUCAAUCUUAUUCUGCUGCUGCUUGCCUGCCACGCCAAAGCUGUUUUCUCAGAUGGUAUGGUGCCUCUUCCCAAGGCAGCCGUAGACUUCCCAGAUCUCUGUGCCCAUUCAUCUCGGAUAAAUGAGCGGGGCUGUGAAGGCUGGACGACCUGCAGUCACUGUGAAACCUACAGACCUCCGAGAGCGCAUCACUGCCGUGUCUGCCAAAGGUGCUUACGCCGCAUGGACCAUCACUGUCCCUGGAUCAAUAACUGUGUUGAGGAGUUGAACCAAAAGUAUUUCAUCCAGUUUCUCCAUUUUGAAGGUGUAGCCAGUCUGUACUCCAUGGUACUGGUAGUGUCAGCAUGGGUGUGGCAGAUAAGAACUGAGAGAGAAGGCAACACCGAGCAAGACAGAGAGAAGACACCCUGCAAACACCUGAUAGUUGCUCAUUACAUCAUCCUCCUGGUGGAGUCGGUGUUGUUUGGCGUGUUUGUCUUGGUCAUCUUCUAUGAUCAGUUGGUCUCCAUAAUCACAGACGAGACUCCCAUAGAGCAGAGAAACAGAUUAAGGAGCAAAGACAGAGGUUCUUUGUCCUCUUCAUCAUCUUCUUCUUCGCAGCUGCCUCACCACCCGUCACACACCUGCAAGCCAAAGCUCGCUCUGCUGCGGGAAGUCUUCGGAAGAGGUGGGGUUUCUGUUAAUUUUUUACUGGCUUCUUCCACUCCACUCCAGCCCUCCAUCAGUUGGUGGGAUCAGCUAUUCUGCCCUGCCCAACUACGAUGUCUGAUUUUACAGGGGUGAAUGAGGAAAAGGAUAAGGAGUUUUUGUCCAUGUGAAUGUGUGAGAAUGAAUUUUUUUCCUAAUUACUUUGUCUUAUAUUUGGCCCAGAGAGGUGAAAAGGGAGGUAUGUGAAUGAAUGAAUAAUCAGUGCGUUUACAUGCACAGCUUAAUUGAGCUAUGCUACAACAUUCUGACUGCAGUCCUUGUCCCAGUUUACAUGCAGUGGAGAAAAUCGAAUAACUGAUGGGAACAUGUCCUCCACCUCCACAAUAGGUGGCGAUGUGCGUCUUUUCAGCGAGUUAAUACCAUGUUAAUACGGCCCCCUUUCCGGUUGACCUAUUAUAUCAUAAAAUAAACAUGAGUUGUUAAUGCGGAAGACCGGCAUUUUGAACAAUAGUAAAUUUUUUUAACCUCGUACGUAAUGUGUGCUCUACUUCUGGUGCAGAUAAGAUGCGCACUAUCUCUCAGACGGUUCUUCUGCUGGCUCUGUUUACCUUCUUCUGUGACCGGUGUUCUUGGAUGUUUUUGUUCCAGGAUCACACGCCAGCGCAGCAGUUGUGGAGCAUACGGACACGCAUUAUCCUGUUAGUUGUCCGAUUAAGCGUACAUAUGGUGGAGAAAAUUGAAUUCCAAUCGCAUUAUCUGGGUGUCUUAAUUGUAUAAAGAGAACUCCGAUUUUAGUCAGAGUAACGUGUUUACGUAUUUACAUAAACUUAAGUCUAGCACGUGCCUGUAAAUGUACUGAAUGUACAAUUGUGACUUCCUCUCCCAGAACCUAAAAUAGAAGUGGAUCCUCAGAUUCCAGACUCAUAAAAUUCUUCAUGAGUUUCCUUUCAUGAGGAAAUAGUACCAGCAUGUUGAUUGGUAGUUUUAGUACCAGCAGUUUUUGAAUUGAGAGAUGUAAAUUUUAAACAUGUUAUUCAAUUAACCAACUCAUACGUUUAACAAUUUUCCAACCCAAAAUUGCAAAAAUAACUGCUAAUAGAUAAAUAUACCAUAUGCAAAUUAAGGAUGCACAUGUGUGAGCAUUGGAUCAAAAAAGACAAAGCAUUGUUGAUGUGUCCUUUAAAGUUUAAAUGAACACCAGCUAAAUGUCUUGUUUUUCUAGUGCCAGAUGUUUGAAUAUACAUUAUUCUAUGCAAAAAUCCAUCAUUCAGAUUAGCCAAAACAAAUAUGAGGCUUCAAAAGUUCGUAAUUAAACCAAUAAUGUGUUUAGUAUAAAAAAAUUAUUCAAUCAUCCAAUCAAAGUCAAAGUCAUACAAAUGAAGUGCUCAAUAAUUUUUCCUUUAAAAUGAAGAAAUCUACAAUAGUUACAGAAUGUUCAAACAUUGUGAACCUUUAACUUAAACUUGAAUUAAUUAGCGGAUGUCUUGCUAUAAUCAACACCAACACUCCAGCCCACUAACCUGGAGUUGAAUCUCCAGUAUUUAUGCUAACAUAUGUUCUAGCACACAAACUUUCUCUUGUCAGUUCAAUGGCCUCCACAUGAAAGCUACGGAGGAAGGUUGUUCUACCUCACUUCCUGGUUUCUCAGCCAAUUACAACUGUCCAACAAAAAUAGUUUGUUUCUUAAUCACAACUUGCAAAAAUGAGAGGGAUGUAUAUAUAUAUAUAUAUAUAUAUUUAUUUAUUUAUUUUUUUCAAGAUUCUGUUUUUGUGUUUUUCUUUUUUGGAUCUCAGCCCAGAUCAAGGUGCAUGAAGAUCAAGUUUUAAAUUUGUUGACAAAGCAUUUCUUGGUAAAAAUAUGUGGACACCCUAAAGACACUAGAUACUAAACCUAUUUCCAAAGGUGCUAUUAACAUGAGAUUUUCACCAGGUGUUGGUAAUCCAUAUAUAAAAAGAAAAAUAAAGCAAAUAAGUUCAGAAAUUAAGUUAUGUGUAAUAAUGUAACAUAACAGAGGGAAAAAGUAUUGAACACAAUCAGAAAGUG